CGCAACUUUCUGGGCAAGACAUGGAUAUGGUAGGGGAGCUACAACGUGGAGGGGAUGAAUGGUUGAUCACCUUGGAGAAGGGAUGCGGGCAGUUACAGGAGAUCGUGGAGGAGCUGUCUUUGCUGUUGAAGGAAGAGUCGGAGAUCGAAGGGGGGGCAAUCUCUCUGGCUGAUUGGUUGAACGACACGGCCGACGACAUGCUGAAUAUCAUCUGGGAGCUGGAGGAGAUGCCGCAUCCCCAGCUCGAGGCUCGCAUCAAUUGGACGAGAGCAGAUAGCAUGUUGGCUACCUGUAAGGCCCUCUUCACUGAGGGUCGCAAUCUGUGCAAUCUGCUGGAGGAGCGGCUGGAAGGUGAAAAGGAGUGGAAGGAGGCACAAGCAGCGACAAAGGUGGCAACGCCAACAUCAGCAACACCAACAACAUCUACAUCAGUGACAUAGACGGCUACGACGACAAUCAAGGAUUCAAUGCCUGCAGCAAUAAUAACAGCGCCAUCAUCAUUCACAGCAACAGCAGCGGUGGAGAUAACCAUGGCAAUAACCGCAACAACAAAAAUCAGAGAAAUGU